AUGCUUUUCAGCAGACAUUCACUAUCUCUGGUCUUCCUCGCUUUGUCGCAUGCUGUUGCUCCGCACAGCCUUCCAGCAACGCUUCUUGAGGAACUGGGACGUACCAGCAAACUGGAUCAUCUCGAUCCUGAAAGCAUCGUAACAUGUCGUUGGGAUGGGAAUAAACCAGAUUCAUAUCGUGAGCCGAGGUGGAUGCACAACCAAAAUGUGUUUUUACCGCUUGCUACUUCACUAUUCGAUAAGAUUCGGAAGCACAAUGCGCUCCGUACGGAUCCAAUUGGGGACAAGGAGAAGUAUUCAACCCCGGAAGAUGUUCUCCUCAUGCUUAUAAAGAUCGCCAUGCAACCCACAAAUGACGAGGUGAACAAACCGUGGGAACUUAGCAUGCACCAGGCUGUAAACUAUUUGAACGCUGAAAUGCAACUUUUGAGUUAUUUCACUCAAGUAGACAGGGAGGUGUUUCGAAAUUUACACCGCGACGAUGAAUUUUUAAAUACUAUUGUACAGUUUCAUGCCUUGGAAUGUCAGAGAGCUGGAAGCAGAGGUUGGCUUGGGAGUUUGGCAGACACACCUGUUUUAUUAUCUAAUGAACUGGCUGAUAGGAUUGUUCCUGCGAACCUCUGGCCGUUGGCGGAUUAUUACCAAGAUUAUGAUCGACUUCUCAAUGAGGGCCAAGGCGAGUUGAAGGAAAGGCUAGAUCGGUUUUUAUUUACAAACUUCAUGUCUCGCUCAGUAUAUGGACCAAACCAAUAUGUGAACCCCGGCAUUACUUUGGCUCGCAGAAUUAAUCAGUUACCCACUGGAUGGUGGCUGAGUUCAUCACAAACUGAGGUCGAAGGGGAAGUGACCCAAUUGAUAAAAGACCUCAUCGAAAGUAUACGUUCAGAUUAUACUGCGGCAGCCACGGCACUUCGUGAACAAAGAUCAACAUCUCCACGAUUAAACAUACAUUCAUAUCAACAUAGUCCAGCUCAUAAUCCCACAAUAGGCCAACAAACAAGUAUCUUAAGUAGAUUUCAAGCUGCACAACAUCUAUGCAGAUAUCUCGGGGUCGAUUUCGAUCAAGUCUUUUCAAGUCAGAUUCAAGAACAUGGACACGUUCGUGUCUGGUUAAGAUUCUUAGCAGCAAAUUGGUCAAGAUCAUAUAGCAUACCUCGCAGAGCAUCUUCUCUAAGAUAUGUCACACCAACGGGAUAA